CCCGCGAAACUUCAGAUCUGUUUCAGCGCGCGCGUUGCUACCUUUAAACCUAUACAUUUUAUUAUAUUACAUACAUAUUAUUAUCCACAAUAUACCCGCGUUGAACGAUCCUGCCGAUUUAAUUUUAAGGAACUGCAAUGUAAGGGUAGAAAAAAUAGAUUGGUUAAAGAAAUAUCAAGUCGAGUGGAAGCAGCGGUCGAUUCCACCCGAAAAUUGAAGUGAAAAUAUCGGACUCGUAUCUCGGACGAAAAUGUUGGAAAGAAAUUGUCACUGCGUCGCGAUCGUAACUUUCGCCGUGUGCUUCGCAUCUAGAAUUCUACUCGCGAUGACGAUGAUUUCAGUCCUUCAAACACCGAUGCAAACUUACAACGUCGGUGUCCUGAUGGCUUCGCAUCUCGACAGUCCUUUCGACCUGGAACGCUGCGGUCCUGCGGUUGAUUUGGCGCUCGCUGAGGUCAACGAAUUUCUGACUGGCCACAACGUUCAGCUGCAAAAGGUCCAGGGCAGUUAUCCGUCGUGCAGCGGGGCUCGAGCGCCCGGUUUGGCCGCCGACAUGCAUUUUCGAGACAACGUGAUUGCUUUCAUCGGUCCCGCCUGCGCUUUUGCCCUGGAGCCAGUAGCCAGGCUUGCUGCUUAUUGGAACAGCCCGAUAAUCACUGGUAUGGGAGAUCAGCCACCUUCGGAGGGAGAGUUAUCAGUCACUUCUGGAAUUCUUGGUCGACUUCACAAGUGGAGAAACGAGACAUCUGGAAUAUUCAAGGACAAAAGCAAAUAUCCAACACUGACUAGAAUGUCGUACUGUCAGUGCCGUCUUCGGCUGGUAUUUUCGAGUAUUUUCAAAGAGUUUGGCUGGUCUCACGUGGCGCUAAUUCUAGACAGAUCGGACUUGUUCUCCCUGACAGUUGGUAAAAAUUUGGAAUACGGUUUGCGGAAGGAGGGCCUACUCAAGUUCGUCAGGGAACUUGACGGCAACUCGGACGAAGAACCCUACCACUUGUACUUGAGAGAUGCUAGCAUGUAUGCGAGAGUCGUAAUUCUAACCGUUCGGGGAACUUUGGUCAGAAGAUUCAUGCUAGCGGCACAUAAUCUUGGAAUGACUAGAGGCGACUGGGUUUUCCUCGAUGUCGAAAUAUUCCAGGGCUCGUACUGGGGUGAUCACGACUGGGAAGUCGGCGACAAGGAUGAUUCUGUCGCCAGGACGGCUUACGAAGCACUCCUGAGGGUCUCGCUCCUCCAGCCAACGAGUCCCAGGUUUCAGGACUUCGCCGACAACGUCAGACACCGAGCUCAGACCGACUACAACUACACUUUUUCCGAGGGUGAAGAGGUCAACUUCUUCAUCGGGGCCUUCUAUGACGGCGUUUACCUCCUCGGAAUGGCUCUGAACGAGACUCUGGCCGAGGGUGGCGACAUCCGAGAUGGUAUCGCGAUCACCAGACGCAUGUGGGAUCGCGAUUUUCUCGGAAUCACUGGGCACGUAAGGAUCGACGACAACGGAGACAGGGACGCCGACUACAGUAUCCUGGAUUUGGACCCCAUUAACGGAAGGUUUGAAGUGGUCGCUCAUUACUUGGGUCUGAAUCGAGAGUACAGCCCGGUGUCAGGAAAGAGGAUCCACUGGCCAGGAGGCAGAGAGGGACCUCCAGCCGAUAUCCCGGAAUGUGGUUUCCUGGGUAAUGAUCCAAUAUGCUCGAGCAGAACGGAAGCAUACACUUUCGUCGCCUACUCGAGUCUCGCCUUGACCAUAUUCCUGGUGGUCAUAGCGUCGGCAUCCUGUGUUCUCUACAGACACCUACGGUUGUCAGCCGACUUGCACAACAUGUCGUGGCGCAUCAGACCCGAAGAGCUUCUUCUCGAGGUUGGAAAACCUUUUUCCUCGAAGAUGAACCUUCAUCAGGCAAUGUCCGACAUUAACAAUUACGGGCUUGAAAAAAUGCGGCGUGGCUCCGCCAUGAGCUGUGGAUCUCUGCCCCCAUCGACGGUCUUCACCACGGUUGGUAUUUACAAAGGUGAACGUGUCGCCAUCAAGAAAAUUACCAAGAAGAAGGUGGUCGACGUCACGAAUAAGGUUCUGUGGGAAAUUAAACAGGUCAGAGAUGUCACUUCGGAAAAUACGGUUAGGUUCAUUGGCGCCUGCCUCUGUUCUCCUUCGCCGACAGUCUUGAUCCUGACCGAGUAUUGUCCGAGAGGUUCGCUGAAGGACGUUUUGGAAAAUGAGGCGAUUCAAUUGGACUGGAAUUUCCGAAUGUCACUGAUCCACGACAUCGUCAAGGGGAUGGCUUAUCUUCACGCGAGCGAGGUAUCUGCCCACGGAAAGCUCCGAUCGUGCAAUUGCCUAAUAGACGGUCGAUUCGUUCUCAAGAUUUCCGACUUUGGCCUCAAGACGCUAACCACCCCUUGGGAUCUCGUCAUGGAUGAUAAUUACUACACGAAACUGCUCUGGAUCGCCCCAGAGCUUGUUCCCCUAACGGUGACCCCUGGCAGUGCGGCGACCCAGAAAGGUGAUGUUUAUAGCUUCGCCGUAAUUCUCGAGGAAAUCGUCGUCCGCGGAGGACCUUACGAGGUGGCGAGGACAUAUAUGACACCACAGGAGAUCGUGAACAGAGUAUCCACUCCGGAAGAUCCACCGUUUCGACCGGAAGUAACGCCCCGGGAUUGCCCCGCUGAUAUUCUACUUUUGAUGGAAAAAUGCUGGACCGAAAUACCGGAGGAACGUCCAACGUUUCACACGAUUCGGGGAACGAUUAGAGGAAUUAUGAAAGGCUACUGCGAAAAUUUAAUGGACGAUUUGUUGAGACGCAUGGAGCAGUACGCGAACAAUCUCGAGGCUUUAGUCGAAGAGAAGACGGAACAACUCAGUCUGGAAAAACGGCGAAGCGAGGAACUGUUGUAUCAAGUUCUUCCAAGACAAGUGGCCGGACAGCUGAUGACAGGAGAAUUGGUUCAGCCAGAACAGUUCGAGUGUGUUACGAUAUACUUCAGUGACAUAGUCGGGUUCACGGCACUCUGCGUUCAGAGCACGCCCAUGGAAGUGGUCGACUUCCUUAACGAUCUCUAUAGUACUUUUGACCGUAUAAUCGGUUUCUACGACGUUUACAAGGUCGAGACAAUUGGGGACGCUUACAUGGUCGUGUCGGGACUUCCUGAGCGGAACGGAGACGAGCAUGCGAGGGAGAUCGGGCUGAUGGCACUGGCGAUUCUGGACGCGGUAAAGUCCUUCGCGAUUCUUCACAAGCCCGAAGAGCAGCUGAGUGUGAGGAUCGGAGCACACAGUGGUCCAGUUUGCGCUGGUGUAGUUGGUCAGAAGAUGCCGCACUACUGCCUCUUCGGUGACACGGUGAACACAGCUUCGAGGAUGGAGUCUUCAGGACUGCCUCUGCGAAUCCACGUCUCCGAGGCGACGAAGAAGAUCUUGGACAAGUACGGAACAUUCGACCUUGAGCUUCGCGGCGAGGUCGAGCUCAAGGGCAAGGGCCGCGUAACUUCCUACUGGUUGCAGGGGUGUUCCGAACCCGAUCCUAGGCCACCAACACCGAAGCAUCGUCGGUACAGCAGCAGUCCGUUGGAGAACAACACUGCUCUAAAUCCAUUGAUAUUCCCACCGAACAAUAACGUCGGACCAAGGACGAACAACAACACCUUCAUCAAUUUAUCCGAGCUGUAAGGAGGGACUUAAGGACGACGAUCCUGAACGAUGAUUGGCCUGAAACUAAAAAUAGUUGAGGAGUUUGAGACUAGGUCGAAUUGGUCUGGGCAUUGAUAUUAUGUGUUAUGGGCGUACUUUGGUCACAAAUUUGGUUCUCCUAGUUGCUGUUAUCGCGAAAUUAUCACGGAGAAAAAAUUAUCGAUUGUUAGAAUAGUGAUAAUUCGGACGAAAGUUGUUGAAUCAGUCUAAUUAAUAUCCCGCGUGAUUAACGGUGUUCUGGAUCCCAUUUGAGUGUAAGCUCCAGCAAAGAGCUCCGGCAUUGUAUCUGUCGUUACCAAAUUUGUCAAAUAUUUAUAUAACGAUACUUGGUAAUUAACUGUCGUCGUUGUAAAGCCAAUAAUUGUUUAUUGCCAGAUAAUCUUCUCGUGUCUUGAAAAGAUCUGUAGAAGAAAGAUUUUGUUUCGAUGAUAACUAAGACAAGGGAAGAAAGGAAUUGCUUAUCGCGAAAAUUAUUCACGAUGACUAGGUGGAUAUACAUAUAGGCCAUUCCACGUCAAAUUAGCAGCCUUUGUACCUCUGCGAUUUUAAUCAUUUUUUAAUACGAUUUUUAUACCGACCCAAUAAGGUAUCGGAAUUUUUUUUAAAUUUUUUUAGCCACCAGUGAAAUUUGAAAAAAAUUGAAAAACAAAUUCCAAAAACGCGAUGGGUUAAAAUUUGAGAAAAUUCACACAGAUUUUAUGAUUUGAAAUGUGAUUCUCAAGCACCAUACGAUAAUGGGAUCUCAUUAUUUACUAUUUUUUUCGUAAAUUUUUAGUUUUUCCAUGUCGGAAUUGGAUUUUUUUUUGUUUUUUAUUUCUAUUUCCUGAUUGAAAUAGGUCACGGAAUCUUGAAAAUAAUGUGAUUCUGCAGUCUAAUUAUAUCGAGGCAAAUACAAAAUAAAAAAAACAAAAACAAUUCCGAUAUGGAAAAAUUAAAAACUUGUGGAAAAAUAGUAGAUAUUGAGAUCUCAUUAUCGUGUGUUGCUCAAAAAUCACAUUUUGAAUCACGGAAUCAAUGUGAAUAUCUUAAUACUUAAAAAAAAAAACUUUCGUAAUUGGUUGGUUUUUGGUUUUUUAUAAUUUUUACCAGAGGCUGAAGAAAACCUGGAUAAAUUCUAGCGACCUUUUUGGGAUGGCAAGAACGUCAAACUAAAAAAUGAUGAGAAUCGAAGGGGGUUGAGGUAUAUGAGCUGCUAAUUUGACGUGUAAUGCCCCAUGUCUAUUACAUGACACAAACUGAAUUACCGCUAGGCACCGAAAAAUGCAAGUAGGGCGAAUUCUUACGAGUGUGUGAUUAUGUCCGAAAGGAAAUGUAUUUUUUAAUAACGUUGUGCAUGACUAAUGAAAAUGUUGACAGAUGAUAGAUGAAUAAGGAUACCGAGGCAUAUCGCGUCAUUAUAUCUAUGUCAUGAUGUGAAAAAUGUAUCGGCUGUUAUCAAUAAUAUUUGUUAAUUAAA